AGAAACAGCCCCAUCAGGCAUCAGCUACUGCUUCCUUCAAUCCUCUUUAGCAAAAAUCUCGUAACUCUGAAACUUUCGAAACUAGAAAAAAAAAAAAAGAAGCAAUGGAGAUGAGUUUGCGUCUCGCUUCAUCUUCAACCUCGAACCCAAUUUGUCUUUUCAAUCCAGGCAAAAAGCUUCUUACUUCCCCAAUCCGAAACCAGAGAAUCCCUAGAAUUGCGAAGAAACCCUUUUGCGUUAGGUCUUCAAUGAGCUUGUCUAGACAAACCUUAUCUAGUAACUGGGAUGUUUCUAGCUUCUCCGUUGAUUCCGUUGCUCAAUCUCCUUCACGACUCCCAAGUUUCGAAGAACUCGACACCACAAACAUGUUGCUCCGUCAAAGAAUCGUCUUUUUGGGUUCUCAGGUGGAUGAUAUGACAGCUGAUUUGGUUAUAAGUCAGCUAUUGUUACUAGAUGCUGAGGACUCAGAGAGAGACAUUACCCUGUUUAUUAAUUCACCCGGUGGAUCUAUUACUGCUGGGAUGGGAAUAUAUGAUGCGAUGAAACAAUGUAAGGCGGAAGUAUCAACUGUUUGCUUAGGGCUAGCUGCAUCUAUGGGUGCGUUUCUCCUUGCUUCUGGUUCAAAAGGGAAACGUUAUUGCAUGCCUAACUCUAAAGUUAUGAUUCAUCAGCCGCUUGGUACCGCUGGAGGCAAAGCUACGGAAAUGAGCAUACGGAUACGAGAAAUGAUGUACCACAAGAUUAAACUAAACAAAAUCUUCUCUAGAAUCACUGGAAAGCCCGAAUCAGAGAUCGAAGGUGACACAGACCGUGACAACUUCUUGAAUCCGUGGGAGGCGAAAGAGUAUGGUUUGAUCGACGCUGUAAUUGAUGACGGGAAACCAGGACUAAUUGCACCAAUCGGAGAUGGCACUCCUCCUCCUAAAACUAAAGUCUGGGAUCUUUGGAAAGUUGAAGGAACCAAGAAAGACAACACUAACUUGCCAUCCGAGCGCUCGAUGACACAGAAUGGUUAUGCCGCCAUCGAAUAGAACUGUUGUUGCAGCGUUUACGCCUUUUUUAUAUGUUUAUUGUGGUACCUGCAACAACCAUAUAACGUUGUAUUUCCUGUGUUUGUACCAUUUCUCGGAUUAGAUAAAUUUGUUGUAGCACAGAUGGUGCAAGCUACAUGACAAGAAAGCUACAAAAUCAAAGCUGUUUUUAUAAGCUACAUCUUAGUAUGGUUUUUGAACUUGA